AGUCGUCUUCUCCUCCCUUCACUCGCGCCCUCACUCUCCAACCGAAAACCGCCGCCGCGACCACCGUCCCAGAUGACGGAGUUCCUGGAUUUGGAGGCCCAAGACGGCGUCCGCAUGCCGUGGAACGUCGUGCCCGGCACGAGGCAGGAGGCCACCGGCUGCGUCGUCCCCGUCUCCGCCAUUUACACCCCGCUCAAGCCCUUCCCCUCCAUGCCCGUCCUCCCCUACUCCCCCCUCCGCUGCCGCAACUGCCGGUCGGUCCUCAACCCCUUCUCGAUCGUCGACUUCGCCGCCAAGAUCUGGAUCUGCCCCUUUUGCUUCCAGCGCAACCACUUCCCUCCCCACUACGCCUCCAUCUCCGAGGACAACCUCCCCGCCGAGCUCUUCCCCCAGUACACCACCAUCGAGUACGCCUCGCCCGACGACCGCCCCUCCUCGGUGCCCCCCGUGUUCAUGUUCGUGGUCGACACGUGCCUGAUUGAGGAGGAGUUGGGGUUCUUGAAGUCCGCGCUGCUGAGGGCUUUGGAGCUCCUGCCGGAUAAUUCACUCGUCGGGCUGAUCACCUUUGGGACUCUCGUGCACGUCCACGAAUUGGGGUUCGGCCAGAUCCCCAAGACCUACGUGUUUAAGGGGUCCAAGGAGGUGAAUAAGGAGCAGUUGCUCGAGCAGAUGAGCUUCUUCUUGAAGAAGCCAAAGCCGACCACAGGCGUGAUUGCAGGCGUUAGGGACGGCCUGGAUGCCGAGAGCAUUGCCCGGUUUUUGGUGCCUGCGUCUGAGUUUGAGUUUGCACUCAAUUCGGUAUUAGACGAGUUGCAGAAGGAUCCUUGGCCGGUGGCUUCGGAUCAACGGGCCACGAGGUGCACUAGCACAGCUUUGAGUGUGGCUGCAGGUCUGUUGGGAGCUUGUGUGCCUGGUUCUGGGGCCAGAAUUAUGGCAUUUAUCGGUGGACCAUCAACGGAAGGACAGGGUGCUAUUGUAUCGAAAAUUUUAUCGGAGCCAAUUCGAUCACACAAAGAUCUGGAUAAGGAUUCUGUUCCCCAUUAUCAUAAAGCUGUGAAGUUCUAUGAAGGACUUUCGAAGCAGCUUGUAAACCAGGGGCAUGUUCUUGAUCUGUUUGCUUGUGCUCUUGAUCAGGUAGGAGUUGCAGAGCUUAAAGUAGCAGUAGAAAGAACUGGGGGGCUUGUUGUUCUUGCAGAAAGUUUUGGUCAUUCAGUAUUCAAGGACUCCCUUAGACGUGUUUUUCAGUCGGGUGAAUAUGAUCUUGGCCUAUCAUCAAAUGGUAUUUUUGAAAUAAAUUGCUCUAAGGAUAUUAAAGUUCAAGGCAUUAUGGGUCCUUGUGCUUCUCUUGAGAAGAAAGGUCCUUUGUGCUCAGACACUGUUGUUGGGCAGGGAAAUACUUCCGCGUGGAAGUUGUGUGGCCUCGAUAAAGCUACAUCAUUGUGCUUGAUAUUUGAUAUUGUUAAGAAAGAAAGCCCAGAUGCUACCAUGCAAUCAACAAGCAAUCAAUUUUACUUCCAGUUUUUAACUUACUAUCAACAUAAUAAUGGUCAGAUGAGACUUCGAGUCACGACACUGUCUAGGAGAUGGGUUGCUGGACCAGGCAGCGUUCAGGAUUUGAUUGCUGGGUUUGACCAAGAAGCAGCGGCUGUAGUUAUGGCACGCCAAGUAUCCUUCAAGAUGGAAAGUGAGGCUGACUUUGAUCCUAUAAGGUGGUUGGAUAGAGCACUGAUACAACUGUGCACACGGUUUGGAGACUACCAGAAGGAUAGCCCUUCUACCUUCAGCCUCUCUCCACGACUCUCUAUCUUCCCUCAAUUUAUAUUUCAUUUGCGUCGUUCCCAAUUUGUGCAGGUCUUCAAUAAUAGUCCUGAUGAAACUGCGUACUUUAGAAUGAUCUUGAACCGGGAAAAUGUUGUCAACUCAGUUGUAAUGAUACAACCUUCCCUUAUUUCGUACUCAUUCCACUCUGGCCCGGAACCAGCUCUUCUUGAUGUGGCUGCCAUAGCAGCUGACAGGAUACUUCUUCUGGACUCAUAUUUCACUGUCGUGAUUUUUCAUGGUGCCACAAUUGCUCAAUGGCGAAAAGCUGGUUACCACAAGCAGCCUGAGCAUCAAGCAUUUGCUCAAUUGCUACAAGCUCCUUGUGAUGAUGCAGACACAAUAAUCAAGGAAAGGUUUCCAGUACCUCGUCUGGUCGUCUGCGAUCAGCAUGGCUCUCAGGCUCGUUUUCUUCUGGCCAAAUUGAAUCCUUCUGCAACUUACAAUUCUGAAGCUCCUGUGCCAGGAGGAGAUGUUAUAUUUACGGAUGAUGUUAGCUUUGAAGUCUUCUUGGAUCAUCUACAGAGACUAGCGGUUCAAUGAUGUACAUAAAAUAUGCAAGUUUUGUCGGGUUGGAAAUUUUUUUAAAUUGCAAAUCUUGUGCAGCUACCCCUAGGAAACGACAUGCCUGUCCUUGUUAAAGAGGUCUGAAGCACUUCCUUAAAACUUGAACGCAUGGAGAAUCAAUUGAAUGAAAUUUCCACGUAUAGAAUAGCUCGGAUACUCAUGUCGAGCCUUGAUUC